AUGACCAAAAUCGACGACACCAUCAGCUCGGGGUUCAACCUCGGAAACGAGCUGGACUACAUGCUUGAUCGAACCUAUACCGCCGCGUCGCGACUGAACUACCAAUUCUACCUCUGGAAAGAUGCCCUACAAUUCAACCUGCAUCCGUCGAUUCGGCUGCCCCCGGAUACUUCUACUCCACUACGGAUCGCCGACCUCGCCACGGGCACUGCGAUCUGGCUCUUAGACCUUCUCAGGGACCCAGCAGUGGCCCAUUACCCGUCCCUGCAGCUCCAUGGCUUCGACAUUGAUUUGGCAAGUGCACCUCCCCCGGAAUGGCUCCCCUCAUCCAUCACGCUGCGCCAGUUAGACGUCUUUGACGAGGUACCGGGCGACCUCCGUGGCAAAUACGACGUAGUCCACCUCCGUCUGCUUGUCCUCGUGGUGCAGAACAGCGACCCCCUCCCGAUCAUCCACCGGGUGCACCAGAUGCUCAAGCCGGGCGGCUACAUCCAAUGGGACGACCUGAACUACCCUGAUAGCGAGGUCGUCAAAGGUCAAGCCAUGAGGGACGUGCCGACCCCGGCGCACGAUGCCUUCCUGCGCUUCGCGCGGUCGAGCGGUCGCAAUGACUGGAUCCUUGAUCUCCCACAACAUCUGAUGAAACGCCACGGUGGGUUCGAAAAUGCGCAGUUGCGCAAUUAUACGGACCGGCUGGAGAUGCGGAAGGCAAAUGGAGAUCAGUAUAUUCUCGUGAUAGAGGAGUUCUCAGCUCGACUGAAACGGGCGAAGAAAUUUGAGGAUGCUGCUAGCAUUGAUUUGAUGAUUCAAGGGUUGAUCCAGGAAUCGAGACUCGGGGUUGGGUUGUCGAUGCCCAGGGCUCGCGAUAAAGCCUGGCGAUAUGGCGAGUUUCCCUGCGUUGGGCAGUGGAUGUUUCUCCUGCCAGGCAUCGCCGCGUUUCCCCAAUUUAAGCAAGUGCUUGAGUGCGCGCGCCAAGGGGGCGUCGUGAUGGAUCUCGGCUGCGGACUGGGCCAAAAUCUCCGACUCCUGGCAGCUAGUGGCGCUCCUCCGGACAGAAUGUGGGCGCUCGACCUCCGUCCGGAGCUGUGGCAAUUAGGGUACGAGCUCUAUCGAGAUCAUGAUCGGUUGCCCGCAACAUUCAUUCCUGGCGACUUUCUACAGGAAGACGACUGCGUUGAUUUGCCGAAGCUGUAUGGUGAGGUUGAUAUCAUGAUUUCCGGGCAGUUCCUCCAUCUUUUCUCAUGGGAGGGACAAAAACAGGCGGGAAGGCGAAUUGUCGCCCUGUCAAAGCCGGGGACUAUAUUGAUCGGUUAUCAACAGUCACGGCGACAGGCUCGGGAAUAUAUUCGCCCCUGGGGGAUGAUGUUCUACCAUAAUCUCGAAAGCUUUCAGCAAAUGUGGCUGGAGAUUUCUCACGAGACGAACACCGAGUGGACGGUGGAUGCGACAGUGGUGGACUUGGAACAAUGGGGGAUGCAAGCUGAAGACACUGAAUGGAUGCCACCAGAUCACCAGGGGCUGAACUUUUAUCUCACCCGAGUGCGUUAG